AUGAUUAAUGUAUUCAAACCUAUUGUUCAACGUGAUCUAGUGCCAACUGCCUAUUAUAAUAAUGAAAUCUUACAAUACAACGGCGUUUCUCCUAAAGACACACCUAUACUUCCAUUCAACCAAACCAUAGAAGACUUGAAUAGAGAUAUUUACGCCAAACCUUUACAUUCUCAUAACGACUACUGGAGAGAAUAUCCAUUAUUUUCAGCAUUGAGUGCAGGUGCAAUUAGUGUCGAAAGUGAUAUUUGGUAUUUCCCACAAUCUUACAAAUUGACAAGAACGGUUACUCCAUCUACAAGCAAAUACAACAACAAUAACAAACAAGGCAACAGUUCAGUUAACGAAACGCUAAUUUUCAAAAAUGAUGAAAUUUAUGUUGGCCAUAGUCAAGAAUUCUUGAAACCGAUAAAUACAUUAUUUAAUUUAUAUUUAAAUCCACUAUCUCAAUUCUUACAAUUUGUCAAUCCAACAUAUGAGAUCAUUGAUGGUGAUAGCAACUCUGAGAAUUCUCGACUUGAACAGGAUUUUUUUGCACAAUCUCAACUGGAGAGGAACAGUGUUUUUUAUAACAAUCCUGGACAACCACUUUAUUUGUGGUUUGAUUUCAAAACCGAAGCUAAUUCAACUUAUGAUGCCUUAAAACCAUUGUUGAAACCAUUUAUAGAUAAUGGGUAUUUAGCCUAUUAUAAUACGACUGAUGACAAGUAUUAUUCUGGUCCAUUAAUCUUAACAAUAACGGGUAACUUACCAGUUGAAAAAGUAACUAAUGAAACAAUAAGAUAUUUGUUUUUAGAUGGCCCAUUAGAUAAGUUUACAAUUGAUAAUAACAAUACAAAUAAAGAUGAAUUGAAAAAAUGGUCAAAAUUAUCUCGUGUGGCAAGUGGUUCCUUAGAGACAAUUUUGGGAUCAGAGUCAUACGCAACUAGCACUAAGAAUGAUUUCAAUGAAGAGCAAAAAUCACAAUUGAAACAAGUGCUUGACUUGGCUCAUGAAUAUGGAUUAAAGACGAGAAUUUGGGGUGAUAUAACUUGGCCAUGGAACGUUUUAGAUCUGCAUUUGAAAAUUUUGUUUGAAUUAGGUUCUGAUUUAUUGAAUGUUGAUGAUUUAGAAAGGGCUCUGCAGUUAUUUUCAUAA